GCCAACCAAUGACAGCCAACGUGACGGUACUUUUACUGUGAAAGGUCGUGUGCUUGUGUGUGUGUCUCGGCCAGUGUCAGCUUCAGUCGUGUUAAGAGAAGGACAGUUUCUCAGUCUGAACCAGCGACACGUUUACUGUCACCGUCUGUUUCCAGGUCCCACCAUGCGAAGUCUCCUCCUGAUCCCCACACUGCUGCUCCUCCUGGCCCUUCCCGUCUCCAGGGGACGGUACAAUGAUGACUUCGAUGACGGGGAGGACCUCGCGGACUUCGAUGACAAUGACUUCGCUGAGUUUGAGGACAUGAACGACGAUCUGGCGGCUGAGGCAGAAACUGCUCCUCCACCACGCGUCUCACCGUCAUCACAGCCUGAAGAAGAUGAAGAUGAAGCAACUGUGGAGCUGGAGGAUGGCCAGGAUGGGUUUGACGACUCAGAGACACAGGAUCAAGACAUGUACAGCAAAUAUGACCAGGAGGAGUUUGAGGGGGUUGGAGACAUGGAAAAGACAGGCCACUCCAUGAAGGACCCACUUAUAAUCCACACGGUUCCUGCACAUCUGCAGAACAGCUGGGAGAGUUACUACAUGGAAAUCCUGAUGGUGACCGGUCUGUUGGCCUACAUCAUGAACUACAUCAUCGGCAAGAACAAAAACAGUCGCCUCGCUCAGGCCUGGUUUAACUCACACAGGGAGCUUCUUGAAAGCAACUUUGCACUAGUGGGCGAUGAUGGUACCAGUAAAGAAGCAGUGAGCACUGGGAAGCUGAAUCAGGAAAACGAACACAUCUACAACCUGUGGUGCUCCGGACGUGUUUGCUGUGAAGGCAUGCUGAUCCAACUCAAAUUCCUGAAGAGGCAGGACCUGCUCAACGUUCUGGCCAGGAUGAUGAGGCCGGCCUGUGACCAAGUGCAAAUCAAAGUGACUCUGAAUGAUGAGGACAUGGAUACGUUUGUGUUUGCUGUGGGCACCAAGAAGGCCAUGGCCCGGCUUCAGAAGGAGAUGCAGGACUUGAGUGAGUUCUGCGGGGACAAGCCGAAGUCUGGAGCCAAGUACGGACUCCCAGAAUCUCUGGCUAUUCUUACUGAAAUGGGCGAGGUCACGGAUGGGGUGAUGGACAACAAGAUGGUGCAUUAUAUCACCAACCAUGCUGACAAGAUUGAGUCCAUCCAUUUCUCGGACCAAUUUUCUGGUCCAAAAGUUAUGCAAGAGGAGGGUCAGCCUUUAAAGCUGCCUGAGACCAAGAAGACACUGCUGUUUACAUUUAAUGUGCCUGGAAUGGGCAACACCUCUCCCAAAGACAUGGACACUCUGCUUCCUCUCAUGAACAUGGUGAUCUACAGCAUCGAUAAAGUCAAGAAGCUCCGUCUCAACAGAGAGGGCAAACAGAAAGCUGACAGGAACAGGGCCCGUGUGGAGGAGAACUUCCUGAAGCAAACUCACGCUCAGCGUCAGGAGGCGGCUCAGACUCGCCGUGAGGAGAAGAAGAGAGCUGAGAAGGAGAGGAUCAUGAACGAGGAGGAUCCUGAGAGACAACGUCGUCUGGAGGAAGCUGCCCAGCGUCGUGAGCAGAAGAAGAUUGAGAAGAAGCAGAUGAAGAUGAAGCAGAUCAAAGUUAAAGCCAUGUGAAAGAUCACCGCAGUCAUUGGGAGAUACAAGCACACACACAAGCAGUGCUCAGCUCAGUUUUGUCCAGCUUCCGUCGCCACCGUUCACAGCUCUCAGUCGCUCACAGCUCCAAACAGACGUCCUCUAGGUGUGUCGAGCUUCGCUGUCUGUGUCACCACCUGCUCCAUCUGACGUGGCAAAACCUUUAUGACCGUAUGUGAACUGUCAGUGUCAAACAAGGACUUUUCAAAUGUGUCACCAACAUUCAGGCCAGGAUUUUCACUCCAAAUUUAACAAAAUUAUGUUUGGUAGUUGCAUCAAGCAGUGAGCUUUUUAAUUUACUGAGAAGGAACACACUAUUCAAUGGUAUCGAGCCACAUUUUUACAUGAAUGAAAGCAUCGCUGUGGUUUCAUUGGAAAUUUAUUAGAAUUAAUAUAAUGGUAAAAUAUGCUGUCAAGGAAAUUUUAAUUUAUAUAUCCAGUAAGAUUGGUUUCUUGCAGGCUGUUUUCAUUGUUAUCUGAGCAAACAUAAUAAAAUGCACUGGAGUCUGUUGGAAAA